AUGCGUGAGGAGUUUGGCGCGCGCAUGGCAGGGCGUGAGGUGAAAACGGCCUCGGAGCAGCCGGACGAGGUGUUUGGUGCCGAGAUGCCGGUCCAUUCGUCGACAUUGACGCCAAAUGACGGUCCAGGUUUGGUGGAGGACGGCGUUGUCUUGUGUCUCUCAAGUCGACAAGUGGCAAGCGUAGAGUGCCUGAGAGGCUCGGAGCCUGCUGUGUCAGGUAUAGGGUGCGCCUACAAUCAACGAUGUUGUCAGGGUGCCGGCGGCGGUAGAAGGCGACGGUCAACAGCUGUGUUUUACUGGACAGGGUCUAGCCCACAGGAGCAGGAUGCACUCUGUAAUGAAUGCUUGCAGGCGUUGGGCGCCAAAGGUUUGGUCAAAGGUUUGGUCACUGGGAGUGAGCCCACUACUGGGGGCGAGUCUCUCCAUAACAACGGGGGCCCGAGUUCUUACGGCGGUGAAGCCGAGUGA